AUGUCAUCUCGUAAUAAUUCUUGUGAUAAUGCAGUUGGAUUAUAAUCAAGUAUUCUAUUGUUAAUUUACAUGAGAACUUAUUGCAUUGAAGGCAGAAUUGAAAAAGGCGUAAAGUGUAAUUGUUUAAUAGUAACAUAUGUUACAAGUCUAAAAAUAAUUGAUGGAUCGAAAGUAAUCGAUCGACAAAGUCAAACAGAAAUUGCUAAAUAAUUUAAAUCUUGAGAAUCAAUCCUUAGUAAAUAUACCAAAUAUAAUCAGCGAAAUCAAGUGACCAAAUUCGAAAAAUCAAUUCAAGAUAAGAACUAAGAACUUGAAAAAUUAACCUUCAUAAAUAAAAAUUUGACGGCUGCCAAUAAUUAACUUCUCGCUGAAAUGGCCAAACAAUUGAGUGGACCAACCUCAGAAGAAAAAGAAAUCAGAAUAUAAUAAAUCAAAAGAUUAUCUAUCAUUGAUACCAAGCCUCCUCCUCCUCCACCUUUACCAUUACCACAAAAACUAGCCAAUUUAAAAUAAGAAUAAUAGCGUAAAAUACCAAAAAGAUAAUUGAAAUAAUUACAUUGGGAGGCUGUUUUAAUGUAAAAAAUAGAAUAGAGUUUUUGGAAUGAUGCUGAUGAUUUAACGAUUAAAGUGGAUUUCGAAUAGUUAGAAGAAUUGUUUUAUCAAUAAGUAAAUGCUCCAUAACAACAAUAAAUCCCAGCUUAAGUAUCAAUACCAACCCUAAAUUAACACAUUCAAAUUUUGAAUUAAGAGAGAUCGGUAUGAAUUUAUCAUUAAGAUUAGAGAAGCGUAGAAUUGGUAAUAGCCAAAUACAGACUUACUAGUCAAUUAGUAAUAUAAGCUGUAAGCAAUAUAGAUCUUAAGUUUUUGGAUGGAGAGAAGAUUGAAGCUCUGAUGAAGUGUUUGCCUCAAGGAAAAGAAAUAGAAUAAUUGGAAAAAGUCAAAUCCUCAAAAGAUAGUCAACAAAUAAAGCUGAACAUUCCAGAGAAAUUCUUAGUUGAAUUAUAUGAUAUGCCAUUUUUUGAAGAAAGACUAUGUUCCAUUAAUUUCAAAAUGAGUUUCAUUGAGAUUAAGAAAUCAAUUGAUAGUAAAUUGUAAUUGGUUAAGAAUACAUGUUAAUAAUUAUUAUAAUGUAAAUAUUUGGAGAAGUUCCUAUUAUGUUGUUUAGCUGUUGGAAACUAUUUAAAUAUUAGCACUCCAAAAGGAAGUAUUUGAUAUCAUUAAUUAUAUAUAAGUAAUAAAAGGAUUUAAAUUAGAAUCAAUUGAAAAAUUCAAUUUGAUAAAAGGAAACGACCGAGAAACAUCGUUGAUAAUUUACACCAUUACCGUAGCUGAAUAGGAAAACAUACCAAUAUUUAAAUUUGAAGAAUUUGAAGAUUAACUGUUGAAUAAUCAAUUGAUGAAUUUGAUUGGGGAAGCAUCUAAAUUCUCAUUGAUUUAAAUAUUCAAUAAUGAAAUUAAUCAGAUUAAGAUUGGUCUCAAACAUUUGGAGAAGAUGCUCACUAUUAAUGAUUAGAAUAUUAAUGAGACCUACCAAACAUUUUAGCAGGAAGUGUUGGAUUAUUACAAAGUGAUUGAAAAUGAAUAUUUGGACCUAUAAAAGUUAUAUGAGAAAUUAUGUGAUCACUAUGGAGAGAACUAUUAAAACUAUGAAUCUGAGAAAGUGUUCUAGAAGUUCAAUCAACUGUUUAUCUUAGUAAAAAAGGCAAAAAUGUAAUCAAUACAGAUGAAAUUAUCCCAAGUGAAUGAAGGGAGAAUCAAGGAAACCUAAACUCAAUUAACUAGAGUCAGAUAAAGCAGUAAUCAAACAUAUUGAUAUUCAUAGUUAUGAUCGAAGAGUAAGAGUAAGCCAAUUCAGUUAAGAAGCAAAUUGAAUAAGCCAAAAAGUUGCCUUUGCAUGAAUUGUUGAAAUUGAAGAGUAAGUUCAAAGCCAAAACCAAUGGGAAGAAAUAGGAAUGAAG